AUGGUACUUAUCGCCAAACUUCUCACUCUGGCUUUAACUGCUGCCGGUACCCCUAUCCUUCGUCGCGACGCAAUCACGGUCGAUGGCUUAGCCGGAGCUGUGGCCAUCCACGACGAUUUGGAGAAUCUUGUUUCUUCAGUAAAUGAUGCUACUACCGAUACGAACAGCGCCGGAUCCUUGGAUGAUGAAUCUGGAGCCGCUAUUCUUGCGGACAUCCAAGCGGUAAUGGGAAGCCUUUUGGGCGUAUUAAGUGCCAUUGAAAAUCAAGCAACUGCUUGGUCAAGUGUUCCAGGUGGAGCAAGUCUGAUUCUUGGCGAUCUCCAAUCUCUCAACACGGCCUUCGACAAUUUCGCUGACGCCUUGACAACGAACGGACCCGCUUCUCUCAGUGACGAGGUGACCUCAUUCAAGACUAAUCUUGACAAUGCCUUUACUUCGGCAGAAGCUGCCUACUCCUCCUAG